GCCAGUGCUCUGGGGCUUCAAAUCCUCGCGCUUCCUCCAGCCUGCUCAAGCCUCGCCCACUUUCUCCGCGGCUAUGAGUCUCCGGCCCAACCAGGUUGCCGGCGUUCCCCACCUGUCCGGCUCGCUGUGCGCGCUCCUCGCGCUACUGCUGCUAACGCCUGCCCGGCCUGUAGCCAGCUCUGGUCCUGUUGCAGUUGCUAAUGUGCGAGAGCUGCGUUGCAGUUGUUUAACCACCGCAACAGGAAUUCAUCCCAAAAUGAUCAAUACUCUGCAGGUGAUCGCCGCAGGUCCGCAGUGCCCCAGGGUGGAAGUGGUAGCUACCUUGAAGAAACGGAAAGGAUCCGUGUGUCUGGACCCAGAAGCCCCUUUGAUCAAGAAAAUCAUCCAAAAAUUUUUGAACAGUGGAAACAAGAAAAAAUGAAGAGAAAGACCAUGCGUUGAAAAUCACCCAGGUUUUCUGCUGAGAGGAAUUUUCUUCGGUGAAACCUGGCAGUUCUUCAUGAAUUCCCAGCUUUCAAGAGAGGGUAGAGGAAAGGAUCAUAAGCUUUCUGCUCAGCUUAUGAAGGGUUGAGCAUAGUAUUUCUUGCUGUUUAUUUGCUGUUAUUUUAUCUGUGUUGCUUGACAUCUUUGACAAUUGAUUGAAUUGUGAAUCAAGAAUCACCAGCCAUUAAUUUUUCAGGGUGAUUAUUUUAUAUCUAAAAUAUAUUCCUUACAGUGUUACUGCAACAGGUAUGCAUUUAAUGCAUAAAUAUUUUAUUGGAAUGCUGUAUUUGAAAUAAACCAUUACCCAUACUCUUCUGAGAUAGAAAAACAAUAACAGUUCCUUGGAGAAUGUUAGAGAACUUCGUUACUUUUGACCCUGGCAUGCUAUUUAAGUUAUAUCACAUUAAAAAACUGGGUAGAUCAUAAUUAUCUCUGUAGAAUAUGUUCCUUAUUUAGAACUUUUAAAUGUAUAAGUUCUAUAAGGGCUGAUAUAUUCUUUUCCUAUAACUUUAGACAUUUGAUGUCUUCUUGGUAUGGCAUAGUGUCAUGACUUAUUCAUUCACGUUUGAUUUUAUUUGGUAUUUAUGAGCUAUUGUAUUAGGAAUACUAUAAUUCCAGUCAUUACAUAUAUGUUUUGGAUAAAUGAAGAAGCUAGGAAAUAGAUGAAUUCCUUAUUUCAUGUUUAUGGAAAUGCAGUCUUUUCAUCUUUUAAAUAAUAAAAGUAAACCUAAUGAUCUGUUCUCUAAAAGUUUUAAAAACAUGUUUUGGCUAUUUGAAUAUAAAGUCAGUAUUUAGUGUCCAAUAAAACCACAGAAUUGUUAAGAUUUUAGAUGUCUGUAGAUGUAUCCUUUUAAUAUUUUGACCAUUUUUGUUAACAAUUAUAUA